UGUGUGUGUGUGUGUGUGUGUGAGCUUGUGGCAGGUAUAAGAGCGGGGCGGGGCGGCAGGAGGUCAUCACUACUAGCUCCGCCUUCGAGUCCUCAGCUCCCUCGUCCACCCUCGGCACCAACGCAACACAACACAGCCCACUCGACGGAAGGCAUGGUCCGCAGAGCCGAAUUGACGCUUCUUCUGGUGGCGGUGGUGGUGGUGGCGCUCGUGUCCUCCGUGUCGGCUCAGCUCAACUUCUCCCCGGGCUGGGGCAAGAGGGCAGCUGCGGCCGGCGGCAGCAGCAACGGCGUGGGGGAGGCGGUGUCGGCCCUCCACCGCAACGUCGUGUCCGGCUCCGGGAGUGUGGUGCCCCCCGGGUCAUCCACUCCAGGGGACGCCUGCGGCCCCAUCCCUGUCUCGGCCGUCAUGCACAUCUACCGACUCAUCAAGAAUGAGGCCGCGAGGUUGGUUCAGUGUCAGGAUGAGGAGUACCUGGGCUGAGUCGCUCCCUCCCCUGCCGCACUCACGCUUCUCCCCCCAUAGAUGUCUUCUCCCGCCGCAGUACCUCCCGCGCACGACCGACAACAUGGAUUUACGGCCGCUCUGCGCUCCCCUAAGGUUCCCAGUGUCACCUGAGCAGCUCCGUGGAGGCCUCGCGCUAUUUAUAUGACACCUUCUGCUUCUUAACAAAAAUUACUAGAGGGCUGGAUGAUUUGGAUAGGAGUCUUUGCAUUUAAUUAAAUUCCUCCGAGUGA